AUGAGCACUCCCGAAGCGUGUCCCAUGGCAGACCCGUAUUGGGCGUUCUACUGGCCUGGCGGACAAGCCAUGACCAGGUGAACUUCUGCUUUUUCAUUGAGAUCGCACCCCGCUGACGUUGUUUCCAUUCCAGAUUCAUUCUGGACCACCGGAAAACUUUCGGCGGAAAACACGUGAUCGACUUUGGGGCCGGUUGCGGCUCCGCGAGCAUUGCCGCCUCUUUGGUCGGGGCCAGCCGAGUCCUGGUCAACGACAUCGACCAAUGUUCGCGAAGCCGUACCGGUGGCUUCUGAUAUUGAUGUUUCAGAUGCGCUUCUCGCAACUUUACUCAACUUUCGAUUGAACGGCGUUUCUGUGAACAACGUCUCGUUCUCGCAAGAAAAUCUUCUUGAAAAGGAUCUAGUGGUCAAAAAUUUUUUCGCCGAAUCGGUGCGCUAGAAGCCUAUAAGAAGCUGAACAUGAUUUUUAGGAUGAAGAGAAGUUCAUUAUCCUGGGGGAUAUGUUCUACGACAGUGACUUCGCUGCUUCGUUAUUUGCGUUCUUAAAAAGGUACAUAUAUAGUCUGUUCAGAUUUUGAAUGUCAAGUCGUCGCUCAAGAUCCGCCCAUAAUGGUGCGAUAAACCAAUCAGAGCGAGGCAUCCGCAGUGUUUUUAAAUGACGUCAUUGCACUUGACAUUAAAAAUCUGAACUAUACCUUAAUACUAUGAAACGAAAAAACCAACUGUAGGUCACAAAAAUCUUCGGGUACUCGAGUUUUCGUUGGAGACCCAGACCGUCACCCUCUAACAGAGAAAAGAAGUCUUGAGAGGUUUGAAAUAUAUUUAAUCGUCGAGGUUGUACAAGCAAUAAACUUUCAGUUAUAGGACAAAAUUCGAAAAACGAUUAGUGGCCGAGUAUUCGCUUCCUGGAUAUGUCAUCCGAGAGCACUACGGGUUCAACACAGCAAAAGUCUUCGAACUUGUCUUUUAA